CUGACAUGUGGCUUGAUUAUUCAUACAUCGACAUCAUCAGUGUAUUAAAAUUUUUUUUUUUCAUUUUCAUUUUAAUUUCAGAAACAAAACAAUCAGCAAAUCAUGUUCAAAAAAUUCGAAGAUACAAAUGUAUCGGGUGUCACACAGCUUAAAUCAAGCGUACAAAAAGGUAUUAAAAAUCGAUUGGUCGAACAAUUUCCAUAUCUAGAGAAUUAUAUUGAUGAAAUAAUACCGAAAAAAGAAAAUCUACGUAUAGUUAAAUGCCAAGAUCAUAUCGAAGUAAUUGUCAAUUCUGUUGGUGAUUAUCUAUUCUUUCGGCAACGUGAUGAUUGUUAUUAUCCGACACUUCGAUUAAUACAUAAAUAUCCAUUCAUAUGUCCAUUGAUGCAAGUGGAUGAAGGUGCCAUUACAUUCGUUUUAUCUGGUGCAAAUAUUAUGUGUCCAGGAUUAACAUCAAAAGGUGCCAUUAUGACUGAUGGAUUGCCAGCUGAAACAAUUGUUACUGUUAUGGCUGAACGUAAACAACAUGCAUUAGCUGUUGGUAAAUUGAAAAUGUCCGUCGAUGAUAUUGCCAAAAUUAAUCGUGGUGUUGCCAUUGAAAAUGUACAUUUUCUUAAUGAUGGUCUAUGGCGUCUUAAGCCAAACAAAUAAAAAUAAUGAAGAAUGAAGAA